UAAUUAUUGUCGUUGUAUACCGGAAUCCGGAUUCGAACGUGUGGAAAAAUCGUUCUAACGUUCAUCGUUUACCCAAAUAAUUACAAUUGAAAUUCGUGUACAAUUGUCGUUGGUGUGAUUCAUAAAUUAUGUUUUAUUGUUACCGGCGUUUUUACGACAACGUGUAACCAAAACGAAAAUGUUCCGAGCUUCAAACCAAAGUCACUAUCUCUAUUCUCUACAGUCUACACAUUACACACACAUACAUCCUCUACCGCCUACGAAAUCACCAUAUUUUACAGCAAUCGCUUACCCGUCCGCCCCGCCGUCCGUAAGGUAAUAUUAGCGUGCUGUGUGAUCGAUGAAGUGCGAAUAGUAAAAAUAAAAUAAAGACCGAACGAUAUGGCAGAAAAUAUCUAUACAGUACAAUCCGAAGUAUAUCAAGAAAUGAACGAAGAAAUUAACGAUACAAAUAUUCCAAUACGAAAUGUGCGAAGUUUAUUUAAAUUCAAGCACCGUGCCAAGCCUGAUACAAAUGAAAUCCGCGUCGACGAAGACGGUGAUUUAGUUAUAGAAAGGCAUUCAAUUGACAGAGGAGUCGUUAUAGAGCACAUUAACAAAUCUCCGUUGGACAUGGUAGGCAUGCAAGUAUGGAGAAGUGCGUUGCUAAUGAGCGAUUUCAUAAUGAACAGGAGAGACGUGUUCAAUAAAGAUCAAGUAGUUUUAGAAUUGGGAUCAGGAGUAGGUCUAACCGGCAUUGUGUCCGCAAUGCAUUGUAAAGAAACAAUAUUUACAGAUAUUGACAAUAAAGAUAUUUUAUCAAAUAUCGAGAAAAACAUCAAACUUAACGAAGAUCUAAUUACCGGACGGACUAUUGUUAUGCCGCUUGAUUUUUUCGAACCAAAAUUAUCAGAACCCCUAUGGGAAAAAUUCAAAACCGUAACAAUCAUCAUAGCAACGGAUGUUGUUUAUGACAAUGAGUUAACAAAACAAUUUGUUAAUACCUUAAUAAAACUUAUGACAAAUGCUCAAACAGCUUAUGUAGCUAUGGAAAAAAGAUACGUAUUCAGUACGUCAGAUUUGGACGUCUGUGCUCCUUGCUACGAUUACUUUGUAGAACUGUUAAACGAAAACGAAUCUUGGAUCAAAGUAGAGCUAAUAAAUUGCAAUUUCACACAGUAUUUCCAGUAUAACCGUGCUAAAGAACUAGUACUGUUUAAAUUGACCGUUCAACACGAAUAUACCAUUUAAAUUUAAGGACUAUUAUAUUUUGUAAAGUUCUCAUUGUAAACUAUAUUAAAUAAAAAGACAAUAAACAGUU